AGAAGAUGAAGGCAUCUGUCCUUCUCUCCCUCAUCAGCUGCCUGGUAAUUCCGAGUGGUGCUCACAUCUUGGGGCGUUGCACGGUGGCAAAAAAGCUCCUCAAAGGAGGCCUGGAUUACUUUGAAGGCUACAGCCUUGCAAACUGGGUGUGCCUGGCUUACUUUGAGAGCAAGUUCAAUCCCACAGCUGUCUACGAGAACACACAAGAUGGCUCCACUGGCUUUGGCCUCUUUCAGAUCCGCAACAGUGACUGGUGUGACCAAGGAAGGAACCGCUGCCACAUGUCAUGUUCUGAGUUACUGAAUCCGAAUUUAAAGAAGACAAUUGAAUGUGCCAAGAUAAUUGUAAGAGGAAAAGAAGGGAUGGGAGCAUGGCCCACCUGGUCCCAGUACUGCCAGUUCUCCGACACUCUGGCACAGUGGCUGGAUGGUUGCAAGCUAUAGCCAUCUGAGUGGCCCCCACACACUUACCGGUUGCAUCUUGAGAAUGAAGACGCCUUUCUGUUUGCUGCUUCACACGAUCCUAUUAUCCCACCACUUGACAGCUCCAGAUGGAAAAGGACAAAAGUUUGCUUCAUUCAGGGAUGCAGGAUGCAGAAUAAACCAAGCUAGUUACUC